AUGUUAACUGAUCCUGCACAAGUUCAACAAGACUUCAUUAAGUUCUUCCAAGAUCUAUUGGGUGCUAAGGCCAGUGAAAUGCCAUGCUUAGAUAGUACCAUAGCAAAGGAUGGAUACUACAUUAAUAAGGAGGAUCAACAAGGUGACUUAAUCAUGUGUUGCAGAGCAGAUCAAAUGUCCAUUCAACUGAUGCUUAAGGCAUUUGAACAUUUCUCAACAGUAUCAGGCCUCAAAGCAAAUAUGGAAAAGAGCUCAUUAUAUAUAACAGGGGUAGAACAACAAUUGAAAGAUCAAAUCCUGUAUGAAAUGCACUUUUCACUUGGUAUGAUACCUUUCAAAUACCUUGGUGUUCCCCUUUCAUCCAAGAAAAUAACUGUUCAACAAUGCAUGCCUCUGGUGGAGAGAAUGUGGCAGAGUGCAGUUAAUCAAGAGUGUCUUGUUCGAGAUUCAAACGUACUGAUCACAAGUCGUUUUGAUACCAAAAAAGGUAAUCCAACUGAUAACAGGAAAUUUUUUGAUGCAAGGAAGUGGUAUGGACACAGUGACCUUUACACAGAUAUGCAGCAGUUCACUCAAGCUUAUAAGUUCAUAAUCAAGAAGGCAUACUUGCAUCUGAUUCCUCAAUAUCCUAAAGUUGCGUGGAAGAGCCUUAAUAUGAGACCAUGUCAUGUGCCAAAGUACCAGUUUAUCCUAUGGCUUACACUACAGAAGAGACUCACCACAGCUGAUAGAUUGGCCAAAUGGGGAAUACAAGUUCUUAGGAACUGUGUAUUAUGUGUGUCUGAUGCUGAAGAAACACACUCACACCUGUUUUUUGAAUGUGAAUACUCAAGACAACUAUGGAGCUCCUUCUUACGCAGGAUUGGAGAAAACAGUCAAGUAGGAAGCUGGGAAGAGGAAGUUGAAAGGAUAACAACCAAAAAGUGCAGCAGCAAAGCUCAUGCAGAGGUCUUAGGAUGGCUGCUAGCCGCGAGUGUCUAUCAUAUUUGGAAUGAGCGCAAUGCCAGAAGAUUCCAAGAACAACAACAAGAUCAGAGACUUAGAUCAAGAGAGAUUGUUAUCCAAUUGCAUAGUAAAGGACAACAUAGAAGCAGAUGGAAAAGGAUAUUAAAAAAUGCAAACUCAUACCCAAACUUAGUACAGCUCUAG